AUGAGCGACAAUACAUUCACCUACGUAAAGAUUCCAGUCAACUCGGAAGAACCCAUUGAAGAGCUGUCAGCCUCCAAAUCAGGUGGCUUGGAAAAGGACGCUCUAGUCAAGAAUGCUAAAGCUUAUUUCCAACAACAAUCCAACUCGGACCAACCAUCUUGUGAAAUCAUGGCACUGAGUAUUCCGCUCCCGGGAAAUCAAUAUCGUGCCGUCAGUUUGUAUUCGAGUGAUCUUCCUGGUGCUUCUACCAAAGAAAACGAAAGAGCCACCAAACUUGUAACUGCCUGUGGCCACAGCUUGCCCAAAGCAAUCUGCGGGGAUGUCUUUAUUGGACGCGCCUAUGACAAUGAAGAAUUCGAAUGGGAGCGAGUUGAUUUUCGAGCAUCCGAUGCGUCUCCGACCGCGGCUUGGUGCCGAGUUGCGAGGCAAAAAGGUGGUGGAGGAGGUCAAGGUGGAUCGGCGUCAUCACUAAACUCAUUGGUUCAACAACAAAUGAACGUUUCGGGUGGUCCGCCUCAUGUUGUGGCACCACAAACCCAAGCAUUGUAUGGCAUGGAUGGUGCUCCCGCAGUUGUGGAAGAUUGGGGAUCUUGGACUCAGUCCGCGGAUGAAGUAGAGGCGAAGCUGUCGAUUCCAAGCGGCACCAAGAGUAAGGAUUGCAAGAUUUCGUUCAAACGUAAUCAGCUUUCAGUGGCUGUGCAUGGGGAAACAAAAAUAUCUGGUAUUUUGUUCUCGGCCAUUGUACCAGAUGACUGCACAUUUACUAUGGAAGAUGCCAAGGAUGGGACUAGAGAUCUUUGCAUCACUCUGACCAAGGCAAAUGAAGGAUCGACGUGGUCCUUUCUGACCGAAACAGCAUAG